AUGGUACUAUCUACAGUGCGCACUGCCACUCUGCUGGUGCUGGUGUUGGCCACCGUCGUGGUCCAGAGUGCUCCACCGAAGAAGUUUCCCUUCACAAGACCGCGUGCCGUCGAACCGGAACCGGAACCAGUAGAGCGAUCGAGUGUCGACCAAGAGCAGUCCGCUACGUCAGAGACGGAAGCUCCCGAGGGCAGUGAGGAAACAUUGGAGAAGAUCCAAGCCAAAUCCGCCCAGUACGCGUACAACACUUCCGUGAAUGAUACGAUCAACGAUCAUACGAUCACGCGUCAGGAGGAACGGAACGGAUUGUCACUGAAAGGCAUGUACUCGUACAGUGAUGGGUUCUUCAAGCGCACAGUCCACUACGUGGCGGAUGAUAAAGGAUACCGGGUGGUGAAGGAGAUCAACAUUCCGAUCGGGAAUGGGCCGCAGGUCGACCCGAAUGGUAAGGCGGAUGUGUCAUCAUCGUUGACGGGAUCGUACUCCAUCACUGCUGAAGACAUUGCCAAACCGAGCCGGAAGGGUGUACCGGUCGAAUCGGAAGAGCCACAGUCGGCUGAGGCACCAUCCUCCGAGGAGCAGUCGGCGGAAGACGAUGCUGAAUCGAACGAAGAAAAGGAUUAA